AUGCAUGCUACUCGCGGACUGUUGAACACCAUUAUCCUGAUUUAUAUGUUCUUAAAAAAUAAUUUAUGUUUUUUCAAGAACGGCAAAAGUAAGGGUAGCAUUUAUCCUAGUUAUAACCCACGCAGUUGUAGAGGCAGAGAUAAAGUGAAUCAUGUUAAAAAUGUGUGUUCAUACACUUAUUCAUAUGGUUUCGUAAAAAAUUUUUUUUCAUGUAAUCUGAAAGGUAAUAGAAAUCUUCUGGAAGAUGAAAUUGUGGGACGCAAUUUUUUUUUAAAGGGAAGGAAAAAUUCUUUGGGAAAAAAAUAUAAAAGGAAUGGAAACAAAAUAUUUGCUGAAAGUCUGUUUUUUAACCCUAAGCAAUUUAAGAACUUGUUUCCUGAAGAAGUGAAAAAAAAGGGAGAUAUUGGGACUAUUGCAGAUGAUUGUCUUGAGUUAGAGCAAGUAGAAAAUUUAAAAGAAAUCAGCCCCGAUUUAUACAAAAAGUUAAAUGAUUUUAAUAAUGCGGAAAAAAUCGAAAAAUUGAAAGAUGGGACCAACGAAACGGAAGAAAAUGCUGAUGUUGUUGAUCCUAAAGACAUUUCUGUAUAUGAAGGACUGCCACUUCUUAUGAUUGAUGGGAAGGAUUUCCAAGGUUUUGAUGAUAACAGGAAAAUAAGGAUCUCUCCAAAAAUUUCUACACCCUUUGAUAAUUCGGAGUAUGAGGACUUUGUCAAGUCUAAUGGGAAAAAAAAUGUCCUGCACUAUGCCGAAAGUGGUGCCUCGUAUGGAGAAGGAGAGAAAAAAAGCGAGGGUUGUGCGGAUGGGGAAGUGCUAAACGGGGCAUCGAAUGGGGCAGUGAACGAAACUUAUGGUUCUAUGCCACAGGUACAGACAGAUUCAUCCCUUCAAGGUAUAGAAGAAAACAACGACUUAAAUGAUUUUGAACGAGACGUAAUGUCCAUUAUCAAACAAAAGGAUAAGAAACGAUCAGACAACAGUAGAGGAAGAGAAGGAAGAGAGGAAAAGUUGUCGAAGGAAGAAAGAAUAGAAAGAUACAAAAAAGUGGGAAAGCAUUAUUAUAUUGAUUCCCAUUUGGGUGAAAUAUUACAUGAUAGAGAUUAUCCAGGAUACAUAUAUUUAAAUCAUGGAGAAAAUUUAAAAGAGUUGGAUGAGAAAAGUGAAUUCGAUUCUGAAUCGCCAAGAUAUAUAAAUCCUUCAAAUAUAUAUUUACGAACUGGUCGGAAAAGAGAAAAACAGAAAAAACAGGACAGUGGGAUUAAACAAAAAAAGAGAUGGAAUUCAAAAGUAGAAAAAGAUAUUAAAAGAGGAAAUUGGAAAUACUAUGACGACACUGUGAAAGAUCUCCUUGAUUCAACUGAUCAAGAAAAAUUAGAAGAAAAUUAUUAUUCAAAUAAUUAUUAUCAAAGGACCAAUAACAACACAGGAUUUGGAAGUUUAGAAAAAGUGCAAAAUAAUUACUUUGAUGUCCAAUUUAUAGGUUCUGCUGAAACAUAUCCGGCCAAUAUAUCUGUGGGUAUGAAUUUUAUUUGGCCAAUUAAUUUCAUUCCAUUAUUAUGCAAACAAUAUACAAAAAGGCUAGGGCAACCAAUAAAAUCAGAUAUUUUCAAUUUAGGUGGAUUUGAUUCUAUUCAAUUAUGGUUUUAUCCAGACGGAAUGAAUAAUUCCAUAGAUGGAUACUGCUCAUUGAAAUUAGUUAUGAGACCCGGUUCUUACUUACCUGUUAAAAUAUUCUUUUUUGCAUUUAGCGAAUAUAAUUAUAUUCACACAAAUCCAUUUUAUAAAGAAUCAGCCGAUUAUGUAACAUCAUCAUUAAACUUAUGUAAAUGCUUGUUAAAAACGAAAGAAAAUUUAAGAAAUAUUGAAAAUAAUAAAGAUUAUGUAAUUUUAGGACCAGCAGGAAAUAUAUACAUAGGUGUUGGCAUAUUUGAUGAUAACUAUGAUUUUGAACAAGAUUUUAAAAAAUUCUAUACAAUUAAUAAGAAGUAUAAAAAUAAAAAAGUUAAUCAGAAACAUGAGUAUAAAUAUGACUGGGAUGAAGGGGUUCAUAUUUUUGACAACUGGUUAAAAAAACAAACAGCCAUAACGGAUGAUAAGGAUGAACUCUUACCAGUCUAUUAUACGCAUUCUGAGAUGUAUGAAAAUUAUAAAUAUCGCUACGUUCCUGAAAAAAAUCCUUUCAAGUUUUUGAACAAAAAGACAGACAAAACAUUGUGGAAUAGACAUCCCUUCUGA